UAGUAGCUAGCGAGAUAAAAUGCCAUGUUAUUUCGAAAUAAGGCAAAUUUUGGGGAAGUCCAUAUUUAUUACUGCAUAACUUAAGUGUCAUGUACCAUUUUCUACACGCUGUCGUCCUAGGAGUGCUGUGUUCUCUGCCUGUCACACAUGGUUUGAAAUGUCUAAAAUGUGAUUCGGUGACUGAACCCCGUCUCUGUACUCGGCUAGAAACAUGCCACAAGGGAGAGGUUUGUGGGGUAAGACAGAGGAGAUCGGACAAUGGCGACAUUUCUUACUGGACAGGGUGUGUUCCUCAAACGGGCUGCUCGGUCAUAAACACUGUAAAAGGCAAAAGAACAAGUUACUAUGACAACGAGAUUAUCUGUCAGUACUGUUGCUCUGGUGACCUUUGUAAUUCUCAAGGAUGUGGUGCGCGAGGCUAUCCCAGCGACAGAGGCCCUUUGUGUUACGAAUGUAAAAACAUAGCAGACCCAAGCACAUGUCAUAGCAUUGCCAUCUGUAACCACAAUGAGAAAUGCUUUGUCGGAACAGAAUCCCACUUCGGACAUCUGUACUAUACCACACGAUGUGAAACGGCGCAUACCUGUACGGCGCUAGAUUUUUCAUCUCCCCUGGGUAAGAGAGCGGUAGGCUGUCAACACUGUUGUAGCGGGGAUCUCUGUAACAGUGGAUGCUGAGUGUGAAGAACAAACACGAUAGGUUCGCCAGGGCUAGAUCUACUGCAUGGCUACUGGGAGAGUAAUGUAUCAUCAUAAUAAAGAUGAGAAAUCA